AUCUUCAGCAUAAAAACAGCAACGAUCAAUCUUUGCAGACUUAUGCAAAAUGGCACAGCCCAAGAGGCUUUAUUUCAAGAACCUUACUUUCGUAAGGGGAAUUUCUAUCUAGGAAACUUUUGAUCCCGAUGCUUGCUAUUUUCAGCAAAAAUGAAAUGGCAAACUUGCGUGUCAUGCCUCGACCAUGUGUGCUUGUCAACAAUGCAAUUGUUACUACACUCAUCUCUAAACUAACAACCAGAGUACAUAUGUGCUAUUUCAAUUGAUGUAUUUGUUGGAAACCUCAACAGGAAAUACGUCUAUUAUUCGGUUUAUUUACCACAUGAUGAACCAUGACGGGUUCAUGGCGAUGGCACAAACUUUCCAAACGUGCCGCUGCAGUCGACCUACUGAGACCUGAUACCAAGAGGAUCACUACAGGAAAUCCUGGAGACAAUUAAGAGGAAAAAAAGGAAACCCCGAAUGAAACUCCGGAAAGAAUCCCAGAACAAAACAUGCAAGAAAAUCAAACUUCAGCAUAAAAAAUAGUUCCGAUUACUCUGCAGACUUAUGCAUAACAGUAUAGCCAAUGUGGAUUUAGUCUAAGAACCUUAAUUUCAUAAGGAUUUCUUUCUAGGUAAUCUUGUGAAUCCAGUGUUUACUACUUUCAGUAAAAAUGAAAUGGCAAACAACUCACGUGACAUGCAUCGAGCAUGUGUGCUUGUCAACAAUGCAAUUAUUAUUACACUUGUGGUGGCAUAAAUUUCGAGUCACCCUAUCUUUUGAGACACCCUACCCGAGCAAAGUUUCAUAACAACCGGAUAACAUACUGUGUUAUCUGAUAUCAAACAUAAUUAACUGAAUUUGUUCUCAUUGUGGCUGAAUAAGCAGGCAACAUAACAAACAUGAUAACAACCAAGUAUACCCGAGAUACCAAUAAAAUAUCUCAUUAUGUUAUCAACAGAGGCACCCUGAUAACAACUUCUGUAAAUCUAUCAAUUUUAUCUAAUUGAAAACUUAUUUUGUUAUCAGAGAGAUAUUUGCAACGGUCAUUGAUAACUAACUCCCGUUGGUGUUGUCGACGACGAUGCCCCCAGUUUGACAGGUAAUGGUAACAUAAACUACCAAGUUGAUAACACAAAAUUGUAAAAUGAGUUCUGGAGCGAACACUAGUUAUCAGUUUGUUACUGCUCAGUUAUUGUACUUUGCUCGGGUAGUGAGUAACUGUCAUUCGCGAAGCCAUCAGUAGUGUAGAACCUCAGAGAGCAAUAAACAACAUUUUGUAGUUGAGUUUAAUUCGUCGCGUUCUCAUUUUAUUCGUUCGAAUCGUCCCACAAAUUGGUGACCCCGACGCGGAUCGAUACGGUUCCGAUCAUAAAACACCGUGUCGCGUCGAAAUCGAGUUGAAAAUCGGCAACGCUAUCGGAAUUCGUGCCUCGAAGGAAAUCAAAAUGGCGAACCAAAACAACGACGCAGUUCCAGCUCCCGCGUCAGCCGUCGCGUCGGAGGCAAUUAAGUUGCCGGAAUUCUGGAAAAACGACCCCCAUAUGUGGUUUGCCCAAGCGGAGGCCCAGUUUCAUCUGGCCCAAAUGACAAAGGAUGACACAAAAUUUUGGCACAUUAUCGCUAAAAUUGAUCAAACAGUGAUCUGCCACGUAUCCGAUCUAGUCUCCAAUCCACCGGCUCAAAACAAAUAUGGAUCAGUGAAAGAUCGUCUGAUCGCGCGAUUCGCCUUAUCUCCACAGGCGCGGCUUGAGCAGCUUCUCGGUUCUUGUGAUUUGGGUGAUUUGAGACCAACACAUCUACUAGCGAAGAUGCAGGAGAGUGCUACCGGAUUGAAUGUGGACGACAGCUUGAUGAAAAUGCUCUUCCUUCAGAGGAUGCCAUCGAACGUUCGAGCAGUCCUUAGCAUCAGUGACGGAAGCCUGCAGAAACUGGCUGAAAUGGCGGAUAAAAUGGUCGAUUCGUCAUCGGUUGCCGUUGCAGCUGUGAAUGUUCCAGCCCCUGCCGUUGGACACAAUCCGGACUACGCUUCUUUGAAAGAGGAAAUCGAAGUUCUAACUGCGGAGAUUCGUCGAUUGAAGGCUGAUCCAACGAGAAAUCGCAGCCGAUCGUCAUCGAGGCCACGAUCACGGAAUGAUGACAUCUGUUGGUACCAUCGGAAGUAUGGAGGCCGUGCCGAACGCUGCCGGGAACCGUGCACCUACAACCGUCAAAAAAACUGAACGAAUGCCCAUCUCAAACGGCGCAGUUCGGUUCCUAGUCGACACGGGUUCGGACGUGUCCAUCAUUCCGGCAUCCAAACGAGACAGAACAGGAGGAACAAUCCCGUUCUCUCUUCACGCAGCCAACGGUACUAAAAUUCAAACACGUGGAAGCCAAUUGGAUUCUUUUCGCAAAAAUUUUCCUCGAGUCAGCAAAAAUAUUCUACCUUCGGUAGAGAGCUAACAGCUGCAAAACUAGCUGUUAAACAUUUUCGUCAUCUCAUUGAGGGCAGGCACUUUACGAUUUUCACAGACCAUUUUCCUCUGACCUACGCCCUUACCACAAACCCGACAAGUCGUCUUCCUCAUGAGGAACGCUAUCUCCAGUUCAUAGUAGAAUUCACGACAGACAUUCGCCACAUUAGCGGCAAAGACAACAUUGUCGCGGAUGCGUUGUCAAGAGUUGACUCUGUAGCUGCUAACAUUGACUUUGAAGCGAUCGCAAAAGAUCAACGAAGUGAUCGGCAGCUCAAGGAGCUUUUAUCGUCCAAAACAACUUCUUUGAAGACUUGAAAGGAUCAUCGGCUGAGCUGGUGUAUGGCCAGGCGCUGCGAAUUCCUGGAGAAUUUUAUGAUCCACCGGUAACCAAGGUUGAUCGUUCGGAACUAGCCAGUCACCUGCAUAAAACUCUCAACGUUUUGAAAUCACCGACUCCAGUGCACCAUGCGAAAGAAAAGCCUUUCGUCCAUCAACGGUUGAAGGAUUGCAGCCACGUCUUCGUUCGAGUGGAUUCCGUAAAAAAGCCGCUGCAGCAACCCUACGAAGGACCGUACCAGGUUUUAAAGAAAUAUGACAAAUUUUUUGAAGUUUCUAUUGCGGGUAAACCUCAUGUUAUUUCAAUCAAUCGAAUCAAACCCGCCUUUUUGUGUGAUGAUGGCUUAUCAGAUUAUCCUCAGGAUGAUCAGAAAACUGUAGUUACAAGUUCAGGCCACAGGGUUCGCUUCCUAGUGUAACUGGGGGGGGCAUAUGUGGUGGCAUAAAUUUCGAGUCACCCUAUCUUUUGAGACACCCUAGUGAGUAACUGUCAUUCGCGAAGCCAUCAGUAGUGUAGAACCUCAGAGAGCAAUAAACAACAUUUUGUAGUUGAGUUUAA